AUGUCUGAAGAAACACUUUCAAUGGCAACAAUUAAAAUUGAACCACUCGAAUAUCCUCAAGUUAAACAAGAAUUUGAUGAUUAUGAAAUAACAGAAAUAUGUCCCGAAAAUGAAGAAACACCUCAUCAUCUAUUUUUAAAAUCUGAACAAGAAAUAAAGCUUGAAACCAUUGAUGAGCAAAAUGCUGCUACUAGUGAAGACUAUGCAAACUUAGAUCAAACAACCUAUAAUUCGAAACAACUCCUAAAAUGUAAAACAUGCAACAAAACAUUCAAAACAAAUUACAAAUUAAAACAACAUGAAAUUAUCCAUACCGGAGAACGUCCUCAAAGAUGUGAGACCUGCGAUAAAACAUUUAAAACAAAACAGGCUUUAAACCUACACAAAUCGACACACAUUCAAGAGCGCCCUUAUAAAUGUCAAACAUGUGAUAAAACAUUCAAAACCAAAGGAUUAUUAAACCAACAUGAAAUUAUUCACAACGCAGAACGUUGUCAUAAAUGUGAUAUAUGCAACAAAGUAUUUACAAAACAAUGUUUAUUAAUCCAACAUAAAAUAAUACAUACCGGAGAACGCCCUUACGAAUGUGAUUUGUGCAAUAAAACAUUCAUCAGGCAAGAUGCCUUAAAAGUGCAUCAAAUGAUCCACACCGGAGAACGUCCUCAUAAGUGUACCACAUGCGAUAAAACAUUCGCAAGAAAAGAAGCUUUACAUCAACAUCAACUCUUACACACCGGAGAACGCCCUUUUAAAUGUGCCAUGUGCAAUAAAGCAUUCAGGAUAAAAAAAGAAUUAAAACAACAUGAGCUUAUCCAUACUGGAGAACGACCUCACAAAUGUGCGAUAUGCAAUAAAGCAUUCAAAACAAAACAAGAGUUAAAACUACAUGAAAAGAUCCAUACUGAAGAACGCCCCUAUGAGUGCAAUAUAUGCAAUAAAACAUUCAAAGUGAAACAAUCUUUAAACCAACAUACAAAGAUUCAUUCUGGAGAACGACCUUACCAAUGUGAUAUUUGCAAAAAAGCAUUUUUGAGAAAGGAUGCUUUGUUUCAACAUCAGAAAAUUCAUACAGCGAAACAAGAAAAAAUUAUAGCUGGAGUUAAUGACGAUGAUGUGGUUAGCAGCACAAUAUGUGAAGCUUCAUAUCAUGAAACAUUACCACAGAGAGCCUUCUUGAAAAUGAAGAAAAACUUGUGGAACAUGAAGAAAAAGGUUUUGCCCUCAUAUUUGCCUAAAUGUAAUGAUAAUACAAUUAAUGUGACAAUGUGUGUAAACAGUGUAAAUAUAAAAAUGGCGGAGGAAACAAUUAUGUCUAUGAAUGAUCAGGCAAUUAAAAUUGAACCACCAGAAUAUUCACCAGAAGACAUUAAACUCGAAAUAGAGGAUGGUUUUGAUGAUCCUGAUGUUAAAUCUGAAUCGUGUUCUGAAGAUGGUGAUACGUGUUUACAAAGAUUCAUGAAUUCCGAAGUGACAAUUGAAGAAGAAGUCAAACAGGAGUUAGUCGAGUCAUCAAUUUAUGAAUGUGACAUUUGCAAUAGAUCAUUUCCAGAAUCAGACCAUUUAAAAAAGCAUAUGGCCGAUCAUAUUCCUAGUAAUAGCAAAGAAUGUUCUUUCAAAUGCGAAGUCUGUUACAAGGCUUUUAAUCGAUUAAGUAAUCUGAAAAGGCACAUGCUCAUUCACAGUGGUGAGGGCGCCCAUGAAUGCAAUUUAUGUAAAAAGACAUUCACAGCAGUGGAGUAUCCCCAGAAUGUAGCAAUAAGACAUUUACAGAAAAAUCAUCAUGCUGAUACACAGUGGAGUGGUCUGAAACGACACAUGCUGACGCACAGUGGGGUUCGCCCUCAUAAAUGUGAUAUUUGUAAUAAGUCAUUCACACUAUCAUCUAGUCUGAAAAGUCACAUGCUGAUACACAGUAGUGUACGUCCUCAUGAAUGCAAUAUAUGCAAAAAAACAUUCAGGCAUUUAUGUAAUCUGAAAAGUCACAUGCUUAUUCACAGUGGUGAGCGUCCCCAUCGAUGCAAUAUAUGCAAAAAGACAUUCACAGAAAGAGGUCAUAUGAAAAAACACAUGCUGAUUCAUAAACGAGAGCAUUCCUAUAAAUGUAAUAAGGAAUUUACUCAAUCCAAGGAUUUGAAGAGACACAUGGCACUUCAUAGUCAGAAGCCUGGUGAAGAUCAAUGA